AAGCCAGGAGACUCAUUCCCAGCUUUAAACAAAGGCCUAUUGAUCUUUGACCCCUGCCCCUCCCAAGAGCCUUGGCCCUCUUCCCACUCCUUUCUUCCUUGUGGGCCUCUCCCUCCACUCUCUGUCCCCUCACUUACCUCAGUGCUCCUGCCCCGACUGGCAGUUUCCCCAUCAGCUCCUUGUCCAGUCCAAGCUUCCCAUGCUGUCUCCGAGCCCUGCCUCCUGUCCAUCUCCCAACCCUGACGCAGACACCCCAGACAAGAAGGUCCGCUGGGCUUCUGAGAGGAGAAGAAGGACAUCAUCCACGGACUCAGAGUCAAAGGCUCACGUGGAUGUUUCUAAGUUGCCCCGGUCCCGGAGACCCAGCCGGCUGACGGUGAAAUACGACCGGGGUCAUCUGCAGCGCUGGCUGGAGAUGGAGCAGUGGGUAGAUGCUCAGCUUCAGGAACUCUUCCAGGGUCAAGAAGAUCCUUCUGAACCCGAGAUUGAUCUGGAAGCUCUCAUGGAUCUGUCCACAGAAGAGCAGAGGACUCAGUUGGAGGCCAUUCUCCAAGACUGCCCCGGUGACAGAGAGCCUUUUAUCUCUGAGCUGCUCAGUCAACUCAAGAAGCUUCGGAGACUCAGCAGGCCUUUGAAAUAAUCCUGGAGAGACCGUCUUCUGUAGCCUCAGCACUUCCAGGAUACACAGGAUACUGACCAGGAUAUACAGCCCUGACCUGGAUACCGGCUUUAAGGUCUUCAGACCUUACAGACAAGGGAUGCAGAAGACAGAGACACUUGUAUAGCCCAAGAGUGUGUGCAGCUACAGCUGGGCUCUCUGGGAGUCAGUUGUGGCUAUUGCCUAGAACUUUCCUUGUUGGCCAGGAUAAAACCUUUAGGAGCCCAGCUAAA